CUCAGCAGGACCUCCAAAGGGAAACUAGUGAGGGAGAGCAGGUUUUGUUUUAUCUUGCUGCCCCGCGUUGCCCCCUCUUGCCUGUGUUUGAAUUUUAAGGAGAGUUUAAAGAGACGUUCCUCUGGACGGAGAAAACGAAACAAGAAUGGAAAUAGAGAAGGAAUUAAAGAAGGUGACUCUCGGCCAUGAAUUUGGCGCUGGAGCGGCCUGUUUGAAAUGCAAGGACAAGUGCGAGGGCUUUGAGCUGCAUUUUUGGAGAAAAAUAUGCCGAAACUGCAAAUGUGGCCUCGCAGAGCACGAUGUGGUGAUGAACUCAGAGGAGAACAAGAAGGUAGGCAAGCUGUUUGAGGACACCAAGUACACCGGCCUCAUUGCCAAGCUGAAGACAGAAGGGAUCCCCGACUACCAGGGCAACAUGGUGACCAUCACUUUGCCCAGCCCUGCCACUGCUUACACAGUACCACCCAGUGCCAUCUCCACUGUUGUGCCCCCCUCUGCCACAGCUGGCUCUGUGCCCCCCUCUGCCACAGCUGGCUCUGUAACCUCUGCUGGAGCCUCUGUGGGUUCAGCACCCAGUGGGGCUCAGCGUCAGGCUCAGGUUCAGCCUGUACCAGCCAGUGCUACACCAGUCAAGGCUAGCAAAGUGCCCGUCAGUGUCAGUGCCACAUCAGCCAAUGUAGUGCCAGUUCCUAAAGAUGUACCAAUGAAGACUGUCACCUAUGAGUGGGCGCCACCAGUGGCUAACAAGUAUAUGGCUGUGCGUUAUAUUGAGUUGCUCCCACCAGAGAAACGUCCAGUAGCUGGCACAGAGGGAGCUGCUUACCGUCGGCAGCAAAUGGCCCGACAGCUGCCCGAGCAUGACCAGGACCCCUCCAGGUGUCAUGAGCUGAGCCCUGCUGAGGUCAAGCAGAUGCAGCAGUACGUGCGAAAGUACAAGGAUGAGGCCCUGGGGGUUGGAGAUGUCAUCCUGCCUGAAGAGAUGGCUCUGGUUCAGGCAGGGGGGCCAGGUGGAGUCAGUGUUGGGGUUGGAGGAGCACCCAGUCCAGGAGGGGGUGGGUUUGGACCUAGAGCUGGUGUUGCUGCUGGGACUAGUGGUGGAGCUGGAGGGCCUGGCUCUAAACCAGAGGAUGGGGUUGCUGGAGUUGGAUUUGGUUCAGGACCUGGAGCUGCAGGACCUGGUGUUGGGCCUGGAAAUGGCUCUGGACCAGGGACUAUUGGCUCUGGACUGGGGACUGAAGGACCUGGUGUUGGGGCUGGAGUUGGUGGUGGCUUUGGACCUGCGAAAGGUGGAGUUGGAGCUGGUAGUGGUCGGCCACUCUCAGGACUAUCUGCAGGCUCUGGGCCAGCUGGAGGAGCCAUGGGUACUGCUGCCACCGCUGGAGCCAUGGGUGUCCCUGGAGCUCAGCAAGCUACACUACCACAACAGAACUUUUCAUGCCAUCAGUGCCAGCAGCCCAUGCGUCAGGGUGAGCCAGCUGUCUAUGCUGAGCGGGCCGGCUAUGAUAAGAUGUGGCACCCGGCAUGCUUCGUCUGCUGUACCUGUAACGAACUGCUGGUGGACAUGAUCUACUUCUGGAAGAAAGGCAAGAUGUACUGUGGACGCCACUAUGGAGACAGUGAGAAACCACGAUGUGGAGGCUGUGAUGAGCUGAUCUUCAGUAAUGAGUACACUCAGGCUGAGGGCCAGAACUGGCAUCUGAAGCACUUCUGCUGUUUCGAAUGUGACUGCAUCCUGGCUGGAGAGACCUAUGUCAUGGAGAAUGACAAGCCUGUCUGUAAGCCCUGCUACAUGAAGAACUAUGCUGUGAAAUGCUCAUGCUGCCAGAAUGCGGUGGAGCCUGAGGCCCAAAGGGUUUCCUACGGGGAUCACCACUGGCAUGCUGAACCGCAGUGCUUCAAGUGCUCCGGCUGCUCCAAGUGCCUGAUUGGCCAGCGCUUUAUGGCAGUGAAGAACUUCCUGUUCUGUUCUGUGGAGUGCAAGAAGAAAAUCAUGGCUUAAAGGGCCAAGAUGAGUCCCUCAUGUUCUUCACCACUUGUGAAACCAAGAAUGUUGCAGAGAAAACACUGGUACAGCUGCAGUGAGCAGUGGAGGAUUGGGAUUGUUAACAUAAAAUAGAGUGCCUGAUCUCUCUAGUAUAGUGAUCUACUGUAACAGUGAAGCCUUUGGAAUUCAGGUACCCUUUGUGUGCCUAGGAAGACCACAGCACUGAUAGGUUGAUACCCAAACUUCUACUUUCCAUCCUUGUUUCCAGCCUUUAAGUGUCUUGCCUGCUUUUCUUGCACUGUUAUUUACAGAUGAGAUUCUUUUGUCCUUGUUAAACCUGUGUCUAUUAACCUACUGUUAAUAUAUAUUUUUUUUUUGUGGCCACUGUUUUACUACUUCUUUUAUAUAAAAGCUACUGAUACUCACUUUCCCUGCAGCAGUUGUAUCAUCAGUAUUAGCCAGGUUUGGGGUGCUUCAGAAUAAAUUUCUGGAUUUCAAUGAGACAUUAAAAGUAAAUUUCUCCAA